AUAAUCAUUUUCUUGCACAUUGCAUGCUCAUUAUUAUUGUUGCUUUUUUAAAUUUAAUAGUUUAUUAUCAGAUGGCAAGUAUGAAUAAGAAAGAGAAACAUACCAGAGAGUUUGGUGGUGGUUGGGUUCUACCUGCUGAUCAAAUGGAUUAUCUAAGAAGAUAUCCUUAUGAAUAUCAUGCCAGUGCAGGUUCUGUCCUUGAACUCUUAUUUCUACAAAGGUUUUGGACAUGGUUGGUUAGAUAUAUUCCUACAUCUGUUGCCCCUUGUGUAUUAACAUGCUCAGGAUUAAUAAUUAAUAUCGCUUGUUGCUUAAUAGUUGUUCAUUAUAGUCCAGAUGCUAGAACAGAGGCACCUUGGUGGACAUUUUUAUUAUGUGCAGUUGGACUCUUUAUAUAUCAAACUUUAGAUGCAAUGGAUGGUAAACAAGCAUUGAAAGUGCAGAAUACUCAGAUUGAAGAAGUGUAUGAUCAUGGUUGUGAUGCUGUUUCUACUAUAUUUGUUGUCCUUGCUGCAUCUAUUGCUUUACAACUAGGAAAUGCUCCAUUCAUGAUGUUGGUGCUAUUCUUAUCAUCAAUGUUAGCAUUUUUCUCUACUCAUUGGCAGGAUCAUAUAACACACACAAUGGUGUUUGGCAAAAUUGAUGUGUCAGAAGUACAGUUUUGCAUAAUUAUAAUUCAUCUGUUGACAUCAGUCUUUGGACAACAAGUUUGGCAGACUGAGAUAUUACCAAAUAUUCAAAUACGUCACGUGAUCUUUGCUGUAGCUGUUAUCUCAGUGAUCCAAGUUCUGAUUGUAAAUAUUGGCUACAUAUUAGGAAAAAAGACACCAUUGGAUGACUUUGCUAAUAUUCCUCGCAAAAAGGGGCCACAAAUUUGGAAUCCAGUAUUCCCUGUCAUUAUAUUGAUUUUAUUAACUCUAAAAGCCUAUGCAUCUGGAAUGUUUGCAGUUAAUUGCAUUGUUUUCAUACUUACUUUUGGCUUUGCUUAUGCUAAAUUGACAACAAAAUUAGUGAUGACAAAUGUCUCACGUGGCGAUAUGGAUCGUUGGGAUGGAUGCUUAGUAGCACCACUUUUGCUCUGUGUGAAUGCUUUCUUAUGGCUUCUACCAGAUCAUACUGCUUUGCUCUGUACUCUGGUGUACAGUUUGAUGGAUUUUGCUCGCUAUUUCACAUAUGCCAGUUGGGAUUUAAGAGAUGCUCUUGAUCUCUGGAUUUUCUCAUUGAAAUAUCCACCUGGUCAUCCUCGAUGUCGAAAUGGAAAUUUGGGAUAUUAUGUUAAUGGUCUCAAUAAUGCAGAAAUCAAGGAGAUGGCACACAAGCAGCAACAUUACAUGGCAGGUGCUGGCUUUGCAAGUGGCAUGAUUCACGGUAAAGCUUGCCUCUCCGCUUUCAGUCAUUGAAGAUUAAAUACGAAAUUUAGAAGGAAGUACAACAAUUACACAAAAGUGCACAAUAAAGAAACCUGUAGAAUUGCAAUAAUGGUUCGCCUUCAAAAGGCAAACGGUUGAACAUAGCAAACUGGAAAGUUAAUAUUUUACAGUUUAGUUUAUAUGUACUAAAAUCUAUACAACUCAAUUACUAACAACUACUAGAGAAUUAUACUUUAAUAUUUUCUGUAUAAUAAGUAAAUAAGAUAUCCUGAUAAAAGUUACAUGAAGUAGCUAGAAUUUUUAAACGUUUAUUUAAAUUAUUAUUUUAAAAGUUUUUAAUAGGUUUGUUAUAGCUAUAAAUGAUACUUAUGUAAGUAAUGUUUUUGAAAGACAUUUAUGAUUAUGAUUUUUAGGUAAAGUACAGUAUAUGGUAUUUAUUGCAUUGUGUAUAGUAGUUAAAAUUUUUCAU